AUAGUUCUUUCUUAAAGAACAAAUAAAUAAAUGCUUCCCCUGACGCUUUCUCUAUGCGAACUUAGGAAAGUAAAGCAGGCAACAUGAACCAAAAAACAUUGCUUUACCGAUCGGACGCCUCCCGGUUCAUUGCGUUUCCGUUCUCCAAACCCGACGGAAGAGAUGCAAAGACCAAAUCUUCACGCUGGUCCAAGGUCAGUUCAGAAUCGUCAUCAUCUCCGACCAACGAUCCCGAUUUUUCAGCUCUCCCUUUCGACAUAUUAACGAAAAUCGCGGCGCCGUUUAAUUUCCCGAAUCUUCUAGCGGCGUCUCUGGUGUGUAGGUCUUGGGGGGACGCGCUUCGGGCUUUGAGGGAAGCCAUGGUACUACUGCGUCAGGGGAAGCAGUUCAAGCACGGUCGAGGCGGUGUUGGACGCAAUUUGGAGAAAGCUCUCGUCUCUUUUCUGAAAGGCGCUGCGCGUGGCUCCACGCUUGCCAUGGUCGAUGCGGGGCUCAUUUACUGGGAAAGGGGUCAGAAGGAAGAGGCGAUUGCUCUUUAUCAAAAAGCUGCUGCCCUUGGUGACGCUGCUGGCCAGUGCAAUCUCGGAAUUUCAUACUUGAACACACAACCUCUAAAUCAUAAGGAAGCUGUAAAAUGGUUGCAUCAAGCUUCAGUUGGGGGCCAUGUUCGAGCUCAAUACCAGCUGGCCCUUUGCCUACAUCAAGGUCUUGGGGUGGAACAAAAUCUUCAGGAAGCAGUUAAAUGGUAUCUAAAGGCUGCUGAAGGUGGAUAUGUGCGUGCAAUGUAUAAUGCUUCCCUUUGUUAUACAUUUGGGGAAGGUUUAUCACAUAGUCGUAGACAAGCGAGGAAGUGGAUGAAGAGAGCAGCUGAUCGUGGCCAUGGCAAAGCCCAAUUUGAACAUGGACUUGCUCUAUUUUCCGAAGGGGAAUUGCUGAAAGCUAUAGUGUAUCUUGAACUUGCUACACGUUCUGGUGAAACUGCUGCAACUCAUGUCAAAAACGCAAUUCUUCAGCAACUCUCGGCAACUUCUCGUGACCUUGCCCUGCUUCUUACUGAUAAUUGGCGUGCUUUGCCUUCCUCCCGAUGAGUAUACCUACACUGUUUAUUGAACUUUCUCAUCUAAUCCUGUAAUUGCCUGUUACUUUUGAUUCUCUUGUUAUAUGCUUGACGAGUGACAAGAAAAUUAUUAAUAUAUUAUGGUGUUGUCUC